AUGGCAGCCAUCACCGGGGACCAGGUGGCUGUGUAUGAUCGCCAGCUUCGCCUUUGGGGUGUCCAAGCACAGCAAAGGCUACUCAACGCCAAGGUUCUGAUCUGGGGCCUUGAGGGCAGCAAUGUGGAAGCCUGCAAGAACUUGGUGCUGGCAGGAAUUUCGCUGACCUUGAGGGAUCACCGCACAGUUGGAGCCGCGGACGUCGGCUUCAACUACUUCCUUCGGCCGGAGGACCUGGGGCAGUCCAGAGCCACUUGCGCCUCGAAGAGGGUUCAAGAGAUGAACCCGCUUUGUACUGUCUCUUGCAGCAGCGAUCGGGCAGAGACCGGCAGCGACGAAGCAAAGCUGAAGGAUCUUGUGAAGGGCUUUGACAUUGUUAUCGUUGGCUUGAGCGUGCUGGGCUACGACUUCGAGCUUGCAUCCAGCCUGGAUGCGGCGUGCAGAAGCUUAGGUGCAGGCUUUAUGCUGACUGUCGCAGCGGGCGAGAUAGCCUUCUUCUUCUCAGAUCAGAACGAGCAUGUUAUGCAGGAGCGAAGUUCGGCCCAAGGCGCAGCAGAAUCCGCAGGACCUCAGGACCCAGAGAACUUCAGCUUCCCUCCAUUCAGUCAUUUCUUGAGCGGCAUACCGCGAAUGCUGCAUGGGAAGUGCGAUGCCUCUUUCAAGCUCAUUGGCCUCUUUGCGUCUUUCCUCCGAAGUGGAGGCAAAGCAACGCCCAGUGCCGCAUCGGAUUUCGAGGCCCACUGCCGAGACACUGUGAAGUGUCAGCCAUCUGUUGAUGGCAUCCCAUCUAUGAAGGAGGUCUUCGGCCACUUCUUCGUGGAGCCACUCAUCCAUGUGGCCUCCGUGCUCGGCGGCCUCUUGUCCCAGGAGGUCAUCAAGGCGAUGGGACGCUAUGGCGCACGCCUUUAA